AUGGCGUCGGAGCAGGCCACCCCCCUGGCCUUCGAAGAGGUGCCCUACGAUGACAUCCAGCUACGGAGGCAGAAGGAGGCUGACAUCAUGGUACUCUUUGCCUCUGGCUUCCACGGUGACAGCUCACCAUUUGAUGGCACAGGUGGCUUUCUGGCCCAUGCCUAUUUCCCCGGCCCUGGCCUAGGUGGGGACACCCAUUUUGACGCAGAUGAACCCUGGACUUACUCCAGCACUGACCUGCAUGGAAACAGCCUCUUCUUGGUGGCGGUGCAUGAGCUGGGCCAUGCACUGGGGCUGGAGCACUCAAGCAACCCCAGUGCCAUCAUGGCACCAUUCUACCAGUGGAUGGACACAGACAACUUCCAGCUGCCUGAGGAUGACCUGAGAGGCAUCCAGCAGCUCUAUGGCACCCCAGAUGGUCAACCACAUCCCACCCGGCCUCUUCCCACUGUGACACCCCGACAGCCAGGCCGGCCAGAUCAGAGGCCCCCUCGACCCCCACAGCCACCACCUCCAGGAGGGAAGCCAGACCGGCCCCCCAAGCCAGGCCCCCCUGUCCAGCCCCGAGCCACAGAGCGACCAGACCAGUACGGCCCCAACAUCUGUGAUGGGAACUUUGACACAGUGGCCAUGCUUCGAGGAGAGAUGUUCGUGUUCAAGGGACGCUGGUUCUGGCGAGUCCGGCACAACCGUGUCCUGGACAACUAUCCUAUGCCCAUUGGCCAUUUCUGGCGUGGUUUGCCCGGUGACAUCAGUGCAGCCUACGAACGCCAGGAUGGGCGUUUUGUCUUUUUCAAAGGUGACCGCUAUUGGCUCUUCCGAGAAGCGAACCUGGAGCCUGGCUACCCCCAGCCAUUGACCAGCUAUGGCCUGGGCAUCCCGUACGACCGCAUCGACACAGCCAUCUGGUGGGAGCCCACGGGCCACACGUUUUUCUUCCAGGAGGACAGGUACUGGCGCUUCAAUGAGGAGACGCAGCAUGGAGACCCUGGCUACCCCAAGCCCAUCAGCGUCUGGCAGGGAGUCCCCAUCUCCCCAAAAGGAGCCUUCCUGAGCAGUGAUGCAGCCUACACCUACUUCUACAAGGGCACCAAAUACUGGAAAUUUGACAACGAGCGCCUGAGGAUGGAACCCGGCUACCCCAAGUCCAUCCUGAGAGAUUUCAUGGGCUGCCAGGAACACGUGGACACUGGACCCCGAUGGCCCGAUGUGGCACGUCCACCUUUCAACCCCGACGGAGAUGCACAGCCUGGGGUGGAUGGUGACAGCACAGAUGGCACUGUGGGCGGUGGGGCUGGUGAGGACAGAGACAGGGACAAGGACAAGGAGGGGGGUACUCGAGUGGUGGUGCAGAUGGAGGAGGUGGCUCGGACGGUGAAUGUGGUCAUGGUGCUGGUACCUCUGCUGCUGCUGCUGUGCGUGCUGGGCUUGGCCUUCGCACUGGUACAGUUGCAGCGCAAAGGUGCGCCCCGCGUGCUGCUCUACUGCAAGCGCUCCCUGCAGGAGUGGGUAUGACUCCACCCCCUGGGCCUGACUGACUCCACCCCCUGGGCCUGACUGGCUCCGCCCCCUGCCCAUCGCUCCUCCUUCCCACCUGGUGCUCAGGGCUGGCCAUCUCCCAGCCACACAGUCCUCUGUCAGUCCUACCCUCCUUGUUUAUUUAUGCCCAGGUAUCUCCUUUCUUUGUGGCACCUUAACUGAGUGUGUGUUUCUGCUUUCCUGACGUGGGGAAGGUUGCUGCUUAGAGUUCUCUCGAUGUACUUCUGUCUGUAGUACACAGGGAAGUACCCGUGGCACGGACACAGCCAGAGAAACAGAGGACAGAGGA